AUGGGAGUGGCCAUGGACGCGUCCGCGUCGCGGUUCGCCGAUCCUUUAAAGGACUAUGGUUUUGAUCCAUCCAGUCUCUCGCGUGCGACCUUGCCUAUAGAGACGGAGCUUGAUGAAGCAUCGCGUGAGAUACUGAAUACGCUUUCUGGCCUAUCAGGAGGCCUAAAUCUCUUCCCAUCUGUUUCGUUUGAUAUAGAGUCUACCCCGGGAACAGCUCUUUCACGACGACUGGAUUGGCUAAGUGAUUUUUCUCCAGGCAACGCUAAGGAUUCAGAUCCAGAUGUACACGAUGAUGUGCAUCCCGACGAUUUAUUUGAUGGCGCCGAUCUCCAGAGCAGGCUGACCUUUUACAUGUUCGGAGGGCAUUCAACACAACCUGCUGCCGAAGAAUCAUAUGCAAGUUGGGAUCUUCCGGACAGUCAUCCAGUACGUCCGUCACUUCGAAAACCGAAUGAUGAUAACUACUGCUGGAAUUCAAAUUGGUAUGAACGAUUACAAUGGGCAUAUCGUUCUGCAUUGCCACGUACUAAACGUCGUGGUUCUAUGUAUAUAUUGGGGAGUGAUGAGGAACAUGAGGUAUUGCUAGAGUUGGGACGUUUCAGCCGAGCAUCAUGUCGAGGUGCUACUACCUUGCUGAUGUAUUUACUGCAAUACGGCCUUGAAACUCCCCCAUCAGGUUAUAUUGAAGUUACUGAACGGAGUUCACCAAAAGUAGAUCAGUUCUAUCACAGGAAGUUUCCCGACGAUCGGCAGUUCAUCCACGAUGGGAUAGUAUACACUCUUGUAAUUGGUAGGAAGGGUGUUGAAUCUGCCCUGUCAUAUACAAUGGCGAAGAAAAUGUAUUCAAAUGAUCAGAAAGGUAAACAGGCGUUAUGUGAGGCCCUUUAUAGCCGUGGUUCUUACGGUAAAUUUGCGAUACCAGUACAAUGUAUUGUGGAUUACCUGGGUAUAAGGGUAGUGGCGGAACCUUUGGUGCCACUUGCUACUUCUUCACCUAUAGAUUUGGUUUCUGAACUCAUUCGUGACUGCAGGGCACCUAGCGGUGAAGCGGCCAUCGAUAUUUCGUCAGCAUUGUUCGCACAUCCUGAAUUGUUCGAAUCUUUAAAAGGGAUAUCUUCCUACUUACAUCUCUGUUCAUGGCCUAUACCAUUUGAAGCAUCUGAUGUCUCUGGGUUUUUGUGUUCCAUUUCUGGUACUCCUACCGGUUUAAUAUCUGAAGGUGCAUGUGCUAGUGUACAACGCUGUGAUGGGUAUUUACAUAUUAGGCAGACACAAGAGGUGCUACCACCAAUCCUCGAUAAUAAAUCUGAGGUAGAUCCGCUCUUUUCUUCAAGGUUUCGCCCUGAAUUCUGCUUUUCAUAUAAUGGAAAUUUGCGUUGUACUGUAAGGUCAGCUUCUGUAUAUGGAGAUCGGAGGGAGGAUGACCAGUUUGUAGAUGCUUUUAAUCACCUGCAAGUGCUAUUAGAGGAUUGUGUUGGUCGUUGUAACGAGUUGUUUGAUUCCUGGGACUUGCGUGAGGUAUUCCAUUCGUUUGGUGUGAACAUGCGUUAUUUGGGUAUGGCAUAUGAACGUGCUGUAUAUGCUGGUUUAAAGAGCCUGCUAGCGGCCGACAUGGUAGCCCGUGCUGUGAAACAUCUGUGGGAUGUUCAGUUACAGGAAUUUUUUGCGAAUUCUAACCUUGGUUUAGAGUGGAUUAUGAGACGUCUUUUGCGUAUGGUGAAUGAUGCAUUUGGUUUGUUUUCUGAAUCUGCAGAUUUUUGGUCGCAAUGUAUCAUCCCUGAAGUGGCGAAGCAUUUCAACCUGAUAAAUGUGGAUGGCAUGUCCUACCGUCUGUUGCCACAUUUGUUGUUGAAAGGUGCGCUCGAAUUGCAUCUUGGAAUUUUGCUACCACCGCCACUUGACGGGAUGAAGUAUCGAUCACCAUUGAUGUUUUCGGAUUUUAUGCGUAUAGAGGUGUCACAGAUCCUUAGUCGUGACAGCGUUCCUAAUAGCGAUAUAUUUUAUGAUGAAGGUCUGUCUACUCCUAGAUCCGAUACUUUGUCUGCCCCGCCAAUUUCACAUAGACCUUAUGGCAAUUUGUUGGACGCAUUGUUUCCCAAGGUUGCUGUAGUUCGUCCACAAUUUGAGCUGCCAAUUAUCCAGGCUGCCACUAAACUUUACAAGAAGGAUGAUCUUCCUCUUGCUGCUAAAUUGGUAUUUUCCGCUAGUACAUGGCGCAUGGGUUCCUGUCGGCAGUUGGAGUGCCGUUUAGUUGGUGUAGGUUACCCCUGCGACCCUGCUUGUGUCUACAGCUCACACAUGUCAUGUGUCAACUACCAACAGCGUAUGACUGGUUUGAACCUGCUAUGUCUUUCCGAAUGUCUUUCUCAGUUGGACAGUUUGAAGAGGGCAAAGUUAUUGGUUCUAAUGGGUUACGAAUAUAUGCGUCACCGAUAUUAUAAAGAGGCGUUGCAGUGUGCGGAGUUUGUCCUCAAAUAUGCACCUCCACUAUGUAGGAAGCGUCUGGAAGCACGUCUUUUGGCCCUUCAAUGCCACUGUUUGACUGGUGCAACGUCUCGAAGCUCUGAGGUCUAUGAGUCGUUGAAUAGGGGUAUAUCUGCAUUAGAGGGUUGUGUUGGUCUAUUAUCUCUUCAAUCUCUAGUAUUCAUGGCACUGGAAGCCUGGUUGCGUCGUGAUUUCGAUACAUGCGCAUCAUUUGCAUCUCUUGCUCGUGAUACUACUCUAAGUAUCUCUGGUAUAAUCGCUUAUGAGUGGCUGCCACUAGCAGUUGUAUCGUUAUUAAGUCAUUGUGAAAGAUCGCUUGGUCGUGGUGUUGAUGCUAUAAAGACGCAGCGUGAGGCCGUUCGUCUAUGCAACGUUUCACAUUUGCCUCGUUUUACGUUAUGCAAUCAAACCUGGCUUUUCGUGGAGUACCUGCUGCGUAACGAUUCUUACGAGGAAGGUUGUUCGUUAUCUAUGGAGCUUGUUCCUAAACUUGAAUCUGAGUUUGGUUCGUUAUCUGUCGAAUGUUUGCGUGGACUUUAUGUUUCCGCAUGGGCUAACCAUCAAGUUGGCUGCGGUCACCUGUUACACCCAAUGUUAUACCUCUGUAGUUCAGAUCGAGUACGUGAGGCUCAUACCCGAACGGCGGGUAUUCAAGGUUCAUUGCUUUUGGAGGAAUUUGUGAUAGCUGAUAUCUGUUCUAUGCGUUUAAAACAUCGUUCCGAUGCUUUGGACCUUUACAAGUCGUUAUAUGAGCGUUUAUGUGUUUUAUUAUUGCAAUCUCGUCGUGAUAUCGCUUCUUACGUUCGUGGAGUUUACCCUUCCACUGCAACGGACCCUAUUGAGAAGUUGCCUCGAUUGAACCAGGGUAUCGUAACGGCAGUUUUACCUGAUUUUAACCUUGAGGAAGAUGCAUUGUUGAGCACUAUGGUUGCUAACUCCGAACGUUACCAUGAGAAACUGCUCUUGGUAAUUCGCAAUUUGUUGACAUUGAAGUUACUAUCGUUAUCCAGUGCAUCGUCGAUGUCUGUGGCACGUCGUCUGUACAACGCUUACGUGAGCCAGGUUUCUGACGGUUAUAUAUUCAAAUUAUGUGUGGGUGGUGAAGAGGUUCAAGCUAUUGCUUCUGUCAUUCCAUCCUACGGCAAUACUGGUAAUUCGCGCAUGGCGUCUGUUUAUGGGAGCCGAGUUGAACGACAACCAGAGCGGUUCAGCGCAUCGGUGUCAAUUCGUCAGAACAGUGUUCCACAUCGUGGUCACGAGCUCCGUUCUAUCGAAGAGCUCCUUCUGAAGGCUCCGAAUUUAACUGUCGGCGCCAUCUGUGAGAUUUGUCGAACUAAUCUCUUGGAUAGUUCGGAUACUCCAUCAGAAUGGUUUGACCGUUUGUUUGAGUUGGAUGCGUCAGCUGGCAGUGGUGUUGAGAAUUCCUUCACACUGUUUCUGGAUGUGCUUAGAAACUUGCUAACUCCGAGCAAGCGUCUAGUGAUACUGGGCCACGUGGCGAGUAUUAGUGGCGCUGAGGUUGACACAACUACGACAUUCACGGACCUCCGCCAAGCGCUGGAGUUCGCAAUUGUCCGUUAA